UCAUUUGUAUUUACUGCGAUUCUUAAAGAUGUCUGCGCCCAUAGAAGUCAAUAUUCCAAGUUUUUAGUAAAGUUCUACAGAUUGCUAUCCGUUGAUUCAGAAAUUCUUAUCGAUAUGAUUGGUGAUUUGGCCAAGGGGCAAGAAAAAUCCAACAUUGUUCUGAUCGAAGAUUCAUCAGACUAUCCUGGUAGAGGUGUAUUGUGUUCUUUUAUAACUAGUCUUGCAGAGAGAGUUGAUGAGAUACAUAUUGUCUGUUAUGAUGGCAGGUCAAGAGAUAUCAAGUCACACAUUGAUGUAAGCAGGUGCAAGAUAUAUGAUGGACAUUCAGACAUUUUGAAUUGGAAUAGCACUGCUAGUCUAAAUGUGACAGUGGAUCUUAUACCUUUCCUAAAAGAAAAAAAUAAUUUCCAUGGCAACAAGAAAAUUGCUGUUGUGAUUGAUUCACUCAGCCAGUUGAUUCUGUACAGAUCUGCAUCAUACACAUGUCAAAUUAUUCAUAAGUUGGCAUAUACACAGUGUUUAGGUUGUGAAGUGGAACAGGUCGUCUGCUUGCUGCAUGAAGAUUUACAUGAUCACAUGACCAGUUCACUGGUUGAACAUACUGCAUCAACAAUCAUCAAGAUGAAAAAGCCCAGUACUGAUCAGCAUACACACGGGUGUGACAUGUUCCAUAAAAAGAUUUCAGGGAAGAUAACUCAGAAUAGUGAAAACUUCAGUUUGACAUAUAACUUUGAAAUUAAGGAUGUAAAGGAAGUUUCAACAGUGAUCAGUCUACAAACUUCAGCAGACGACAGUCAGGUUGACCCUGCUGCAAAUUUGACCUUUAACUUGACCUUAACAGAUAAAGAAAAGAAAGCGAGAAGUCAAGUCAAGUUACCCUAUACAUACGACCAACAAAGACAAGAAGACACUUUGAGCAAGUCUGUUGGAGAAGGAAAGAUAUUUUACCAGCCUGAUGAAAUAGAUGAUUUUGACGAGGAAGACCCUGAUGAUGACCUUGACAUUUGACCCUAGCAUCUAUUAAAUUCAUCAAAUUCU